AGGUGGUGGCCACAGGCAUCCAAUCGGUGGCUUCGGUCAUGGAGUUGGCGCUUCACAACGCAGAUGACUACCCCAUCGAGUGGAAGAUUCAGACAGACUCUCUGGGGAAGUUCAAGGGAGUCUUCACGGUGGAUCCGCAGUCGGGAAUUCUACAUCCGGCACAGGACUGUUUGGUUAGAGCUGCUUUCUUGCCCAACGAGCCUAUCGAGUACAAGGCAAAUGUGAAUGUCUACAUCUCACCACCCAGGACAGUGGCGGAUGCAGGAAAGAACUUGGAUCCCAGCCUCGCUUUGAAUGCGGAUGAGAGCAAGCCCUACUUGUCAUUGCGGAUGAAGGGCCAGGGCACUGUUCCAAAGCUGACCUUUGACCGUCGGGAGAUUGUGUUGCCGAUUGUUCCUUUGGGCAUCCGCUCAAGGUGCUUGUUCUACAUCAUCAACGAAGGUUAUGAGAGCCUGGACGUGCAAUACAGGUUGCCCAACGACCAGAUUCGAAUACCUCUGACGAUCAAUUUCCCGGAGGGUCAGCAGAUUGGCAUCACCAAGCCCAAGAUUCCAGUUGAGAUCUUCUUCCAGUCCAACAAGCCGAUCUCAUUCUGUGCAAAGAUCGAAUUCCUGGACACUGAGUCAGGUUCGUAUGUUUUGCCAGUCUCGGGAACCACGGAGAACUGCAUCCUCACUUGCCAUCACUACUUGCACAACAACACAGACUUCUACACACUGGAGGGUGAGCCGGUCAUGCUGCAAGAGAAGGAGGACAACUCAGGGAAUGAACAGGGAGCAGCUCCAUCCAUCAAAACCGGCAGCGUAUCGCACAACUCCGUUGCGGGCUAUGGAAAUCAGGACAUGAGUCAAGCCGACUUUCUGGUACGCUGGUUGAACAGCAACAUCCUCAAGAUGCAGCUGGAUCAUUUCCCACAGGAUCUAGUGAAUUCCAACGGACGGCAUUUGUAUGAGAUGAUUGAGUUUCUGUCGGGCAAAUCGGUGCCAAACAAAGCAGCGGCACCUGCGCCACAGCGGAUGGACAACACGGGCUCCUCCUUCCGCGGUAACGACAGAGGUGCGAAGCAGAAGAGUCGGGAGAUGCAAAAGAUCCUGCAACUCAUGCAGCAGUACGAGGUGUUGCUGAACUUCUUGAAGCAACAUGGGGCUUUGCUGUCCUCAGUUCGCCCUGAACACUUCCUGUCCCAUGAGUACUAUCUGCAGUACCAGCAGAGUCUCAAUGUUGGCAUCACACGGAGGCAAGUUGACAAGAUGUUCUUCCCCAAGAGCAUGGAGGCAUGGCUGACCUCCCUGCUGCAGACGGUGAAGAUCUUCCUCCUGAACCGAAUCACGCACAAGGCCUUCAAGACCUUUCCAGGGAUGUCCGCGGAGGUGGAUCAGGCAGUUGCACCACCCGUUGGGACAGAUGACAUGGAUGUUGAAGUAGAGAAGAAGAACAACCCAGAAUUACAAGGUGCUUUGGAUCCGAAGUUCUUAGGGGAUUCCAACGUCUACAGUGUCUCUGAAUGCAUCCUACUACGUUGGCUGAACUUUCACUUUGCGCGUGCCAAUCGGGACCGUUACGGUCCGCGCAAGGUGUGCUGCUUCGACUCAGAUCUGGAAGAUUCCAUCGUGCUGUCAGUGGUGAUCCAGUCACACGUGCCGCAUUGUCAGGCGGUGCAGAACAUGCGGACACAGUGUAGCAAUUUGGACCACCACGAGGAGAAUGCCAUGCACAUCCUCGCAGCACUGUCAGAGAUUGGGCUUCACUUCCCCAUCCAGGUCUCAGAUAUUGCGUCCCCGCAAGCAAAGGACAUGCUCCUCUUUGUCAUGUUCCUCUUCCAAAACCUUCCACACUAUGUGCCGAAGACCACUAUCAUUUUCUCCACGAUGUUGGGAGUGAACAUGACAAAGAACAUUGAGCUCACAAACCCAUCGAAGAAGGCGAUUACCUAUGGUGUGCAGCUAGUGGGCAACAUUGGAGGCAUCAGUGGAUCCGACUUUGCCAUCAAGGAUGAGACGGUAAAGCUGGAACCCAGGCAGACAGUCUCCUUCCCAGUGGAAUAUCACAGCCGAUUCUCCAGGAGUGUCGAUGACAAGAUCAUCUUCACCUCUCGUAGAGAAGGCAAUGUCAACGCAGCAGCCAUGGUUUUCAAGCUCAGGAGCCGUUGCACGGGCCGGAAGCCCCGGAAGACCAUCCAAGUCUCGGCUGUUCUCUACGAAGUUGGCACAGUCGAUGUUGAGCUGGAGAAUCCCUUUGCGGAGGAUGCAGAAUUUUCCGUGGCCUUGAGAGAGUGCACCUGUUGCGAUGCAGAGAAGCACCCUGUGCCUUCCAAGAGGUCUGAGGGGAUGGAAGCCUUUUACCUCAGUGUGACCCGCUGCAGGGUGAAGGCAGGUGGAACUAGCAAGAUCACAGUGUCCUUCCUCCCCUUUGAGGCACCAGCUCACUUCACAGCGCUGCUGGGUGUCUUCGACUCCAAGGCUGGGGAAUAUUACUACGAGCUCUUCGGCACCUCCUCUCCACCUCUACCGCUGGAGACCUACAAGAUGCAGGUGAAGGCUGAGGCCUCUGGCACCAAGGACAUCAUCCUGCCCCUUCGGAACAUGCAGGUUGAACGCGCUCGAAGCUGGUUGGAGAGUCGGGGAGCUGGUCCACGUCCAUUGCCACCGGACUACAUCGUCUAUGAUGUGAAGGUUUCCUCGCCUUACUACACUGCGCCAAAGCAGGUCGUCGUGCACAAUGGACAAAUGAGAGAAGGCAAAGGUGAUGGCAAGGGCGCGAAUCGCAGUGGUACCAAUGGAGCCUUGGAUCGCCAAAACGACCGGCGAAAUUCCGCCCUCCCAAAGGCGGCAGGGAUUGCACCACAGGUUGCGAAGCUGGUGGUGGAGUUCUGGCCCAAGGAGCCUGGAGUCUAUCCUUGCACCGUGACUUUGACGUCAGAUGUUGACAUCCGCAUCUACCAGUUUGAAGGCACUGGAACUGCUCCAAACACCCACUGCUCACUGACCUUCACCACCCAAGCUCGGAAAGCCAUUACUCAGGAGAUUCCAAUCGUGAACCCUACAGACAAAGAAUGGGCUAUCAAGCCCACCUUCUCUCAGAUCGGACACGAGUUUGAUGGACCACGGGAAUUUAUCGCCAAGAAGAAGGGAGCCACAGGGCAAGCGACCGUCACCACCUAUCCCUUGACCUUCAAGCCGGACUACGUUUGUGACGUGAAGGCUCAGCUGGUGCUGUACAACGUAGGGACCAAUGAGACCUAUGAGUAUGAUCUCCACGGUGUUGCUGAAGAACCUCUGGCGGAGGAGCACGUGGUGGUGAAGUGUGAAGCUCGCGAGAAGACCUCCCACGUUUUCCCGGUGAAGAAUCAUUCCAACCUCACGGCGACCUUUGAGGUGGAGAGUGAUUUGGUGCACAUUUCUGGCCCGUCUUCUAUUCAGGUUGAUGGUCGAGGAACUGGGGAAUAUGAAUUGGUCUUCCAGCCAUUGCAAGCAGGGCAAGUGACAGGCUGCAUCAUCUUCAGAGAUACGCAUACCGGCCACUUCACCUGGUAUACUGUGGAAUUGAUGACGUUGCCUCCUAAGCCCCAACAGCAUCUCACCUUGACGUGCGUGGUGCGACAGGCCGUAGCCGUGGACAUCCAACUGGUGAACCCCUUGGAUGACGUGGUGGUUUUCGAAGUGGCCUUGACCGGCGAUGGCUUGCUGGGCGAGGCGGAGUUUGUGUUGGCUCCCAAGGAGACGGCCACCUAUGAAUUGGUGUUCAGUCCACUCUUACCUGCGAGAAGCAAGGGCACGGCAGUCUUCUUCAAUGAGAUUGUAGGUGAGUUCUGGUACGACCUGAGCCUGCUGGCCGAAGCCGCCCCGGCGGAAGAGAUUGCACCCUUGGAGUGUGAACUUGGCAGGACGGCCCAAACCACGGUGCACAUUGACAAUCCCACAGGACAAGAGGUCGUCUUGAAGUAUCGGUCUACCAACAAGAUCAACUUCAAGGUUUUGAACAAUCGCGUGGUUCUGCCACCGCUGGAGUCGUCAGACAUUACCAUUGAGUACAGUCCGUCGUCAUUGGGUGUGAAUGAGGAGGCACAGAUCGUCUUCGAGCAUCCACUUGUUGGACAGUGGGUGUACAAGGCGCAAGGCCUUGGGCUUCCGCCCUUGGAAGCGCGGCAUGUAUCGGUGGCGGCACAGGUGAAUCGCACAGUGUCAUCCACCAUCCAAUUCAAGAACCCAUUCUUGGAGACCAUCACCAUUUUCAUUGUCCUGGAGUCCAAGAGCGAGAAGGGGGUCUUUAACCUGCUGAGCAAGAAGGCUAAGGUGCAGAUCGGUCCCUUGGCCACCACGCAGAUCCCAUUCUCCUUCUGUCCGCCGACCAUGACGCAACACACGGCGGAGAUUGCGCUGUCGGUGAUGAAGCCAAACCUGAGUUGGUCCUAUCGCAUCCAGGGAGUGGCCGAGGCACCAGCCGAUCCCACACUGCAUACCUUCACAGUUCAAGCGCGAGAAUCGCUGCAGACGACCUACGCUCUGACGUUGAUUGGUUUGGACACCACUCCUGGGGACAGGCACGGUGACCAAUUGUCGUGUCAAUUGGAAGUCCCACCUCAACAUCAAGCGAUGGUCUCCAAGUGCUUCGACAUCAGCCUGGACAGCGAAGUGACAGCUGCAAGGGGCUCGAGCCAGGCUUCAAGGUCUCGCGGGGGCAAGUCAGAUGGACAGGUGUACCUCAAGGUCAACUUCUCACCUUUGAGACCGUUCAUUGCGCUGUGUAAUUUGGUGAUCACGCGCGCCUCUGGGGGUCGCUGGCGCUUUGAUCUCAAGCUGGAAGCGACGGAACCGGAGGUGGAUGAUGUGAUUUCCAUCCAGUCGCCCCUGAACAAGCCAGCCAGCGUGGCGUUUAGACUCAACAACCACACUAGCGUCUACUCCGAGUUCGAAGCUUUCUUUGAUGCGGAGUCGGCCUACGAAUUCACUGUGCAACCAACCUCAGGAGUGCUGGAACCGGCUGGUACAAAUGGCACGACAUUUGUAGUCACCUACAAGCCAACAGAAUACGGCAAACCCGUUCAGGGGAAACUCAUCAUUCAAACAGAGGAUGUGUUUUGGUCGUACCUGGUGAAGGGCACCCAUCCGAAGUACACAGCACCUGUGGUGGAGAAGGCCAAGGUGGCAACGAGGUUAACCAAAGAGAUGGAGAUGCAGCUGGCCAAAGCAUCGCAGAGCAGACGGAAGAACUUCAUCAAGGAGAAUAUGAAAGGUGGUGCCAAGGAUUAGCUUUGUCGCCAUCGAGGCUAUGGCAGUGCUGCCGUCAUGGUGGUUGAACCAGAGACCUCACUGAUUCAAGCAUCGCUCCGGUGCUGGGCUGCAAUUGCAGAUGCUGUUGACUGUGAAUGACAACAGCUACA